AUGCUACAAUAUCCAGAAAAGAUUGAUGCCAUUGGUGUUGUUGAUCAUGCCGACUGGAAACAUCCAAAGAGGGUUGCUUUCGAGCCAAAAAAAUUUGACGACACUGACAUCGACAUCAAGAUCGAAUGUUGCGGUGUAUGUGGUUCGGAUAUCCAUGCAGCUUCUGGUAAUUGGGGUGACAUUCCAAAACCAGUUGUUGUUGGUCAUGAAAUCAUUGGUACUGUUGUAAGAAAAGGUCCUAAAUGUACUUCUGAAUUUGAAAUCGGCCAACGUGUUGGAGUUGGGGCUCAAUGUUAUUCAUGUUUGAAAUGUCAUCGUUGUCAAACUGAUAAUGAAUCUUACUGUGACAAAUUAGUUACAACAUAUGGUCAAUUUUUUGAUGAUGGCUAUUGUUCUAAAGGUGGUUAUGCAUCUCACAUUAGAGUACAAGAACAUUUUGUCAUUCCUAUCCCGGAUAAUAUCCCAUCAGAAUAUGCAGGCCCAUUACUAUGUGGUGGUAAUACCGUUUUCUCCCCAUUGAUUCGUAAUGGUUGUGGUCCAGGUAAAAAAGUUGGUAUCUUAGGCAUUGGUGGUAUUGGGCACAUGGGUCUAAUUUUUGCAAAGGCUUUAGGUGCCGAAGUUUAUGCUAUUUCUCGUAAUUCAAAGAAGAAGGAAGAUGCGUUCAAAUUAGGUGCUGAUCAUUUCAUUGCCACUAGUGAAGAACCAGACUGGGCAGAAAAAUAUUAUGAUACUUUGGAUUUGGUCAUCGUUUGUGCAGGUUCAUUAAAGGAUGUUGAUUUUGAAAAAUUACCAAAGAUCAUGCAAAUCGGUGGACGUAUUGUCUCGAUCUCUGUUCCAGAACAAUCCGAACAGAUUGUAUUGAAACCAUUUGGUCUAAUGGGUGUCUCAAUUUCUAACAGUCAUUUGGGUUCCAUUGAGGAGAUUAAACAAUUAUUGAAAUUGGUUUCUGAAAAGAACUUAAGAAUCUGGAUUCAAAAGUACCCAAUUAAUGAAGCUAAUGUUAACGAAGUGUUCGAACGUAUGGAAAAAGGUGAUGUCAGAUACAGAUAUGUAUUCACUGAUUAUGACAAGGAAUUCAAUUAA